CCUCAGUCACUCCUCCAAGAUGGCAGAACCUUGAACUCUGUGGCCAAGUCUCAGCUUUGGCCCCUUGCUGACUCUACUUCUCUCUACACCCAAGGUGGAGGGUACCUAUGCUUCCCUGUUUCUGGGGUGUUGGCCCUAUUAUCAUAAAAGCUAUCAAAGUAUCAAAUAUGCUAGAAACCUGCCACCAGACAGCAAGAGUCUUAAAAACCUCAGCACUAUGCCAAAAGACAGGAAUGAAACAGGCAGGAAGAGGGAAGCAUGGCACUCCACACGUCAACUGGAUCUCAUGAUUCCUUCAGCUUCUACAUUGAUGAAGCCUCACCCGUAGGACCUGAACAGCCAGAAACCGUCCAGAAUUUUGUCUCUGUGUUUGGAACUGUAGCCAAAAAGCUGAUGCGGAAAUGGUUAGCCACUCAAACAAUGAACUUUACUGGUCAGCUAGGAGCUGGGAUCCGUUAUUUUGAUCUUCGAAUUUCCACCAAGCCCAGAGACCCUGACAAUGAACUCUACUUUGCUCAUGGUUUGUUCAGUGCCAAAGUCAAUGAAGGCCUUGAGGAGAUUAAUGCAUUCCUCACAGAUCACCAUAAGGAGGUAGUAUUCUUGGACUUCAACCAUUUUUAUGGGAUGCAGAAAUAUCACCAUGAAAAACUGGUCCAAAUGCUGAAAGACAUCUAUGGAAACAAGAUGUGCCCAGCAAUUUUUGCCCAGGAAGUUAGCCUAACGUACCUGUGGGAGAAAGACUAUCAAGUGCUAGUCUUCUACCAUAGUCCAGUGGCUUUGGAAGUGCCCUUUCUCUGGCCUGGGCAGAUGAUGCCAGCACCCUGGGCCAACACCACAGACCCAGAAAAACUGAUCCAGUUUCUUCAGGCAUCCAUCACUGAGAGAAGAAAGAAGGGUUCGUUUUUUAUAUCUCAGGUGGUGCUGACCCCCAAAGCUAGCACUGUGGUCAAAGGAGUGGCCAGUGGCCUCAGAGAAACUAUCACAGAAAGAGCUCUUCCUGCCAUGAUGCAGUGGGUCCGCACACAGAAGCCAGGAGAGAGUGGCAUCAAUAUUGUCACUGCCGAUUUUGUAGAACUUGGUGAUUUCAUCAGCACUGUCAUAAAGCUCAACUAUGUCUUUGAUGAAGGAGAAGCCAACACUUGAUUGUACCAUUGGAGCAUCCAUGAGUAAGAUAGAGAAGACUCAUUGUAUUAGACAUAUUAUCUAUAAACACUCUAAUCUUCCUAUUCCACUGGUCUCUGAGGGGAUUAGGCUGAUAGUGGGUGGGAAAAAGGGGAAACCAUUUCUUCAGUGACUAUUAUCGUACUCUGCAUUACUAUAAAUAUUUCAUUUCCCAUUUGAUGAGCAAAAUCUGCUUCUAGUGUUAGAGAUAAAAAAAGACCAGUGAGUUUUGUUUUUCAGAAUUAGUCUUUGUAACGUAUUAACUCAUGAGUGUUUACUUGAUUGCAUUUCUGAUUUCAGCGUAGGGCUCCUACAAUGAUUCCUCUAAGUGAACCUUUCCAUUCCCUCUCUCGCGCGCUCUUUUUAAUCAGAUGCUGUAUGGGACUCAAAAUAAUUGAAUGCCCAACGUAAUGUGUAUUACACUGUUGUACUGAAAUUUGUUUUUGUGAGACUUGGUAUAAUAUAAUAUUCUGUAGCCAUCUGCAAUUGGUCAAUCAUUGCUAACUUUUGGUCAUAGAAAAUAUGCAUCAAGUCAGUUUCCCUGCAUCAGUAAUAUUGGAAGGCAUAAUCAGUAAUUUUUGUGUUAUAUGAAAAUAACAGCGUUUCACAGUAUUUCUAUUUAAGGCAGCUAUAAAUAUAGUGUAAAAACUUUUUUGGAAGAACUAUUUGUGCCAACUCUGUAGUGAAAAAUGGGAGAGGGGGAAAGAGAUGGAUGCCAUUUUAAUUCAGGAAUGUCUUAAAUAAUAUUGCCCUGCAAAUGCUCAGUAAAUGAAAAAUUAUGACAAAUGUGUUAAAAUCAGGAAACUCUGAAAAGAACUCUUACAAAAUCUCUCCUAACAAUUCUCUUGAUUAAAAAAGACAAGGUAGGAAAAAAAGAAGACAGAAGUCAAAGAUUGUGCAAGCUUUCCUAUGAAAUUGGGAUCUCCAAACAUGUAAUUCUAAAUCCCAGGUUUUGCAGAACAUAUUUUGAGAGGCUUUGACUCAAAUUCUUACUUGAAGUUGAGGAAAAAGGAAGGAUGGCAGAAAGAACUAGAGCAGUUUUUGAAACUAUACCCAUAAUGUGUCAAAGAUCCAUGAAAUGUCUUUAUGAGAUUUCUAAAUACAUAUGAUCUGGGCAGAUGCACUGAAAAUUCACAGUGAUCCAUCACUUCUGGGUUCUAUCCUACCCCAGAAUCAAGACUAUGGCAGAGGCAAAAGUUUUAUGGAACCUUUCUGUAUUCCAACGUUUGAUAGUCCUGGUCUACAGGAAAAUAAAAAUGGUAACAUGACUUUGCCUCGAUUCCUCUUUGGUGUCCUUGUAAUAUUUGACAGCUCUAAGAUAACUUUAAAAGAGCACAAUAGCCUUCACCUAUGUGCCUCACAAGAAUAUUGUGAGGCACUUCUACAAAUCUCUAAAUUGCUGAAAUUCUUGUGAUUAUGAAUUAUUUUAUGUUUGUGUUUAGAAAUAUUUGCAUUUCAAUAGUUUCUUGGGAAAAUGCAGUCCAUACAAAGUAGGGCCACAGAAAAAAAAAAAGCAUGCCCUCAGUUUCUAAUUAAUUUAAACAUAGGGCAUGUGAUUUAAUCUUCUAGAUCUAGGUCAGGAGGUUGAUCCCACGGUUAUGUCAAGAUGAUGAAGAAUCAAGAGCUGGUUAUAAGAUUAUAAAUAUUCAUUGUCAGAAAAUAGUAUUUAUUAGCAGUUGCAGGGAAGCAAGAGAAAUUGUUUAUACCGAAGAGAAUGCUUAUGCAGCGUGUAUAGGUCUGCUUGGUAGACCUAUAGCAGGCAUAUACACACAACAGUUCCACAUUACAGUUGUGUGUCUUAUGUCUCGCUACACACAGUAUGCCAACAUCCACCCACUCCCACCAGCAGACAGAUACAGAUGUGCACAGACACACACAGAGCUGGCCAGACACACAGUUCUUUUCAAGUGAAAACAUUGUUAAUAUUAAAUAAUUUAAUUUUAGACUGAAGCCCUUAACAAGGGAUGAAAAGAGCAGAAGUAAGACCUUUGAAAGUAGAGUAGCCAAUCAUAUUCAAAUAUUUUUGUAAAAUAUUCUAGCUUGGGACUUAAUUAUUUUACAAAUAUGGUUUUCUGUCCACCUUUCGUCCUCUUGUGGUUUAUUAUCUUUUUAUCUCUUUAACCUGUUAUUCAUGUGCAAUUGAAUAUAAAUCCUUUUUAAAAGACUAUGGAUUAUUGAAAUUUUCAUCCUGUAAAUUUGCUUUGUGAGCAGAUUUUCUCUCUGAUGAUUCAUUAUUCAUCCCUCAGGAGGAUCUUUAGCCAAGCACACUUGCAAUGACACAAGGAUUUGACUUAUAAAUAUGACAGAAAACAAAUCUUUCAACAUAUUAAUGAAGAAUGAAUAAAAUAUAGAGGUAACUAUGUUGUAUUUUCUUGCACUUAGAUGCUUUCUUAUAAUGUUUGCUUAGAAUUAGCUUUGUCACAUUUGUCAUUUAGGUGCUGGGAAAAAACAAACAUACUGAAGCUUUAGACUAAUUGUGCAGUUUUUUAACUGGAGAAAGCUUUUUAUUGCUAUUAAUGAUAUGCACACAGAAACCUUGUUUGACAGAAGGUAUUUUCAAGUCAAUGUUAUGAUUUCCAUGUGGACUUAUAGUCCCUAUGUAGCAGGCACCAAGAAUAAAUGGACUUGCCUUAAUUUCUAAAGGAGGGAACAGAUAGAAGUGAACCAGGGGUCCUCCAGCUAGAGGGAGAUCACCGGGAGGGAGUCCUUGGAAAGGAGAAUGGAGAGAAGGCAUCUUUGGCUGUCUUCUGUCCAUUGGCCCUGCCCUGGAGCACACUUAGGGAACAGAUUGUGGGCCUUAAAUAAACAGUGAGGGUGAGGACUAGUAUUAUGCAAUCAGAGCUUACCCUCAGCCUAUGCUCCUUUGUCUUAGCAGGGCAUUGUCUUUCCAGAGAGCUAGGAGCACAAGGGCUACAAAUAGGCCCCAAGAUAGUAGGAGAUACAUCUUGGUGCACUUUUUUGUUUUGGAUCGGUUUCUUUCUUCUUUUUUUUUUUUUUUUUUUCUUAAGACUUUAUGCCACAAGUCCUGCAAGGCAAAAAAACAGAAACAAAAUCCAACUUUUAGUCAAUCUGCUGCAGGAAAUCAAAGGCGUGGGUGGGAUGAGGGAAAAUAUGCAAGAAAUAUCAUUUAUUUGGUUUGCUUUCCUGUCUAUAAUUUUGAAGGACCAAAAUAAUGAACACUCCUGCCAUUAUCAUUCAUGUCUCCCUUAUUACUACACAAUCAUAUGAGUGCAGAGAAUGAGGAGGCAUCUUUGAAAAGCCUUAGGAUAUGCUAUAUGACCUCAAUAUUCACUUUCAGCCAUACUGGGAAAACUCACUUUUCAUGGAGCGCCACCUAACAGUGAAUGUACUAGAGCAUGAAGUGUUUGGCAUGUAUGCACCUGUAUGUAUACACACAUGCAAACACACACAGGAUGCACAUGUCACACACACACACACACAUUAUUCAAGUUAAAACUGCACUCUCCAAUCACUCAACUUGAUUCUAUUGCCAUUUUAAUUCUUAAAAUCAACAUUUCUUACAUUAAUGGGCACAAACAUAAUUCAAAUAUUUAAGAGGGGAAAAAAUCUCUAGAAAAUCAGUGAAAAAUAAGACCUUCAUAAACAAGAAAUGCCUAGCAGUAAUAGUCUAAAUACUUUGUCAAUACACUUCAAGGCUGGAGAACUGAAGAUAGACUUGAAUAUAAAUUACAAGCAGACACUCAUCUUUACUAAAAGCUGUUUUAAGUUCUUUGAGGUCCUGACAUGUUUUAGCCAGAGUUACCUGUUCAGGACUGGAAAGUUGGAAGUCUCAGGAAAUGCAUGUUCUCAUGAGUCUCCAGUUCUAGAGUUUUACAGAUCCAGUGACACAAUCUCCUAACUUUUGGCCACUCAUCCAAAUGAGAGUUCCAUAGAGAGAGUGCUCGAGUUUUGAGUUGCUAACAGAAAACAAUGCACAGUGUCCUUCAGGAUAUGCUAAGCAAGGUUUUUAAAGGUAUUUUUAUUUUACAGCACUUUAGUCUUUUCAACUAGAUUUCAGUGACACAAUGGUGUAAAUGCUAUAUUUGCCAUAACUUCUUGGUGGCUCCUGUGUUACAUACAGUUUUAAAUAAUGCUCUAAAUUGUUUGUUUUCCCAAUGACAUCAAUAAAAUGUUCUGUAGAAUUUGUAAAAUGUAUUGAUUGAAUCUGUUGAAAAUUGUGCAGUUUUUAUUUCAUUUGUGAUACUAUUUCAUAGGUAUUAGUUCUAAAUGUAUAUUUGUAUGAGUCAAAAAUAUGUGCUUGUAUGUGGUUUGUGUGUUAAUAUAUUGUAUCUUAUCAAAAAUCAAACUUAUCCUAAAGAAAAAGGGCACAUUAUGACCAGCCUUAAAUCAUUGCCAUUUUUUGUUGUAAUCUGGGAUUAAAAUUUCAAGAGAAAUAAUGUUUUUGUUUAAAAUGGCCUUUAAAAAAAAAAAUCACAUGAGGAAUGUGCUUUAGAAAUUACCUGAGUUCCCUCAAGCAAAUAGUUAAGCUUGUGGAGCACCUGAAGCUUCUCAAAAGUGUCCAAUGUCAAUCAUUUAUUAACUUAAUUAUCAUGCAGAAAAUUAGAUUCACAUUUGUUUCCAUCAGCAACAGAACCAGUGCACUUCAAAAGCUGUUCUUCCAAACACGGAACCAUUCUGCAUGUAAGCAUAAGUUUUCCAUAAAAAAUCCUUUCUUCAAAACCAUUGCUUUUUAAAGUUUGGAUCUUCUCAGUUAAGAUGAACUCCCUAGGCUCUGUGAGAGUUGCUAAAGACCCAUCAACAUUGGAUGGUUCCAACAUGGUUCCCUUCUCAAAACACAGGCAUGCAACAUCCUUUUACACUUUUGCUUUCUGCCUACGUGUAGUCUAGCAAUAGAAAACGCGUGACUAAUUCAAGGAUCUGCAUGAGUUGUCAUGCUCAAAGCAAAAACUUUGUCAUCUUCCUUGAGCCUAGGAUCUGGGUGUGGAAUAUUAAUCAAUCCUCUUAUGACCUCUUCUUUCUCCAUCUUCAAUUAUUUCUUUUCCAUAUUUAGGCUUGUCAGUUAAAACACAGGACACCCAGUAAAAUUCUAAUUUCAGAUAAAUAAUAUUUUUAGUAUAAGAAUUUUCAAAACAUUUCAUGAGACAUACUAAAAACUUACUCAUUGUUUAUCUUAAGUUCAAAUUUAAUUGGAUGUGUCCUGUAUUUUUCUUUAAUCUGGCAGCCCUAUCUGUCUUGCCUUUCUCUUUUUCAGAUGAGCUAUAUAUAUAAUGGAUGGUGAGCUCCUACCUCCUUCUAAACCCCUAUACUAAGAUAUCUCAUGGAAAUCUAUAGUCCUAAUACCCCUCGUGAAGGAAAGUGUUGGUCAAUCCCAAGUUCCAUGAAUGCUUUACAAAGGACCAACUCAAAUAUAGAUGGCAUAAUCAAGCAAGUGCCUCUAUAAGAUUAAUGCCACCACAUUGAAAAUUUUCCUUUAUCAUUCCAGAGUCUCCCCCAUUAAUCCCAUAAAUGACAUUCCCCAGUAACUGGGAUACCCCCAAACACACUCCAUGUUAAAAAUGCCCCUAGAAAGUGGUAGUACUUUCCAACUCAACUUAAAAUUCAAUUUCUUUUUCACUCACAGAGGUAACAGUCUAAUCCAUUACUCCCCUCUUUACACCCUACCACAAAUUAUUUUUAUCAGUUUAGAACUGAUCAUCUAUGGAAUUAUAGAACAUUGAUACAGAAAAAAAAAACUCUCUUGAUUGCUGAAAAAAGAAAGGUAAAAAGAGUCUGGGAUAUAGGCACAACUUUGUCAGAACUUUCUCAGGAAACUUGGUUGCUCAAGGGAUAGAACAUGGACCCUGACAAUGAACCAGUACCUGACAGGGAGAUUUGGCAAAGCAGAUUAUAACAACCAGCAUUUUUUUUAGAGGAAUUGAAAACUCAAGACACCCCAGGGUAAGAACAAAGAUAUCUAGGGCCAGUUUCUAGAACAGUUUGCAGAGAAUAGAAUUAUGUUGGAAUUCCUAAAAUAGAGUUUUCAAAGACUGUUGUAUCCAACAGUGAAUCCUUGAUGUGGUCUGAAUGUGGAUAGAGUUUUGGAACAUUUUUGGUACCUACCUCCUUUCUUGAAAUUCCUAUAAGUGACAAUAAAAUCCAAAUUCCUUAUUACAACGUUUCCAUCUCAUGGUCCCUGCUUACACAUAUUCUUAUUUGAUUUGCUUAAUUUCUAAAGGAUGGAAGUUUGCAAAGCUGGUGACAUUUCCUUCAUUAGACACCUGAAAUUCACCAGAGGGAGACAGAUCUGUGCCUUCUCUUUUUAGGAUCUGGUCAUUGAUAAUUUAAUGUGGUGUAAAGAAAAUACAUACCUACCACUGUUCUGUUUAGCAAAUGUGAAUUUUUUGGAUAAGAUUAUUGUUCUUAAUGUAAAAAAAGUUUCUUUGUAUCCAGUGAAAUGCUAAUAAAGUCCUGGUACCAGUUAUCUUUA